AUGGCGGAGUACUGGGCAGAGGUAGCGCGGACAUUUAAAGACGAGGAUGGAGUUCUGGGGUAUGAUCUUAUCAACGAGCCCUGGGUCGGUGACGAGUUUUCAAACCCCAUGCUCAUGGCGCCGGGCGUUGCUGAUAAGCUGAAUCUGGCUCCGUUAUACGAGCACCUGCAAGCGGCUAUUCGCGGGGAGGAUGCAAGUAAACUGAUUGCGUUUGAGACUGUGACGUUUGAUGAUGCGGUCAGCGGGCUGCGGUGGGUCCCGGGCGGGCAGGCGUGGCGGAACAUGAGCGUGCUGAGUUACCACCACUACCGGCCGCCCAACGUUGCAGUGCGGGCGACCAUGAAGCAGCGCAUGGCGGAGCGCAAGCGCCUGCAAUGUGGAGCCAUGCUCACAGAGUUCAGCCUCCCGAGCGUUCCCUUAGGAAUCAAGGUGGGGGGCAGCCGCCUGGACAGGUUUUUCGGAAGGGGUGGCUACUCUAGCAGAGGCAUCGGUUCUGGUGGUGAGAGGCCGGGAGAACGAGUGCUCAUGCAGAGUAAUGCUUCGGGUUUUCAACGAGCCCCGGGUUGCACGGUGCACAGAAGAUCGUUGCAGCGGACACUGCAGCGGAAAGCGUUGCCUUGGGCGGAACAGAUAGCGCAAUCAGCAGCAGGGAAAGCGGUGGUGCGAGGUUUGCUGAGCUGUGGUGAAGCAGAGGCAAAGGGUGCUGUACAGAUGCAGGCGGAGAAGGACAGGAAGAGCGCCAGGGAAGUGGGCAUCACGGGACAACCAAGCAAUGGAACAGUUGACCCGAAGCACAAAAAGGACGAAGAGCCUGGUCCGGAGGCAUGGAGAGAGAUGGAGGAGUUGUUGGAUGCAGCAGAUGAGCAUGUGCAGUCCUGGAUGGCGUGGGAAUACAAGGCGUUUCUCCCCAUCACAGGCGCUAACCUGGGACUGUUCCACCGCAACGGCUCGUUGAAUAUGCGCCUGGCCUUGCUCCUUGCCCGGACGUACCCACAGGCUGUUGCAGGCCAUAUCCUGCAGUUUUUCUUUAAUACUUCUGCCGCCUCGUUUCAUUUGAGUUACCUGGCGAACCACCCUCUGCCACUGGAUCGACAAGUUCGGCCGACUACCUGGUUUUCUUCAUCUAAAGAUGGAAAUGAGCAGGGAAAGGACGGCUCUUCAGCAGCACCUGCUGGAGUGGUUUUUCGGACGGAGAUUUACUGCUUUCGGUGUGGGGAGGCGGGGUGGAGCACAAAUGUGCGUGUGGUGCCUGCAACGGUGAAGUGGACAGUGAAAGGGCGUAUGGUGGAGGUGGAGCAUCUGGUGAAGGAUGCAGGGAAGCGGGUGGAUGUCUGGAUUACGCACGCAACAACGGAUGAGCCGUCUGACAAACCUGGAAUAGCAGUCAAAUGA